UUCACCACCUCCAUUCCAGAAUCUCCAUUCUCUCUCUCUCUCUCUCUCCCUCUCUCUCUCACCAAAAUUCCUUUUUCACUUCUCACCUAUAAAAAAUUCUCCGUUCCGGCCAUCCUCCGAUCACGAUUUUAAUCGAUGAUCGUGAUCUCACGCGCUCAUUUCUUCUCGUCUUUAUGAAUUUUUGAAGAUGGAGGUCCUUAUGCAAAAGGAAAAUCAAAUUAGAGUAUAUACUUCUAAAAAAAUGAAGUUGAGACAAAAAGAAUUAACUGAUGCUCUUGUAGUUGGAAAGAAAAGAAGUCUUCAAGAGUUCAUGAAUUCUGAAAAUGGGGGCCAUCAGUGGUCAUCAAUGAAAAGGACAAGAAGUUCUAUACAGAAAGAAGUGUUCAACAUACAAACUAAAACUUCUCGUUGUAAGGGUACCACACCAAAUUGUAGCAGCUCCUCUGAAAGCAGUUCUUCUGAUGAUUCUGAAUACGAAGCACAUGAACGAACCAGGAAGGGCCCAUUGACUCCAAAAGCAAAAAAGGUAAUCAAGACUAGGAGAAAUCGUAAAAUAAACGGCUUGCAUGGGAAAUCAAAAUGCUCCGUAAGUAAGAAAACAUUUGAGAAUAUUGAAAAGGAUGCCACUGAUUUUGAAGAGGAUUCUGAGGAAGAAGACGAUGACGACGAGGACUUCACACCAUAUAAAUCGUCUCAAAGAUCAAUAAGUGAAGAUGACGAUGAGGACUUUAAACCAUGUAGAUUGUCUCAAAGAUCAAUAGGUUUAAAGUACAGAGGAAUGCAGGCUAAAGGUUAUAGCGUUUCAAAUGAGAAACUGAACUUUAAGAAGAAGAAAGCGAACUUAAACAAGAAAGAAACAGCAAACCGACGGCGAUUUGAAAGAUCUAUCAGUACCAGAGAAAACAAAGUAGAAGAGGAACUGAUGGACUGCAAGCAGAACGAACAAAGUAAUGAUAACAGUAGACUUCCUGAUGAACGAGUAUUGAGAAGUCGCCGUACUGCUUCUUGUGGAAACAAAGUUAUUGUGGAUGGUUUUGUUGAAUGGGCAGAUUUUGAGGUUGAAGAAGAAAUCGAGUAUUCUAUUGAAGAUGAAGAAGAUGAUGACAAUGAUGAUGAUGAUUAUGAAGUGAGAGAUGUAAUUUUGACAUCGAUGGAGCAUCGUGAUUUUAACAAAAACGAGACAAAAGGCAUUACAAAAGACAGGAAAGUGGAGAAUGAUGAUGACAUCAUAGCAGGACUAAAACGAUCAUCUUUUUCGAAAUCUAAUCCUAGUAGAAGCAGUAGUUCAAAUGAUACGAACAUGAAGAGAAUAAAAAAAGACACAGUAGAUUGUAGUACUGCUUCAUCAAAUGGCACUACAAGAAUUCUUAAUAAUAUAAAGGAUCAGAAAAAUGGGAAGGAGACUUUAAAGUGUCAUCAAUGUAAGAGAAAUGAUAGAUACACCGUUGUUCCCUGCACCAAAUGUAACGAAAUGGUAUAUUGUAUCCAGUGCAUCAAGCAAUGGUAUCCUGAGUUGUCAGAAGAAGAAGUUGCAGAGUCAUGCCCCUAUUGCCGUGAAAACUGCAAUUGCAAUCUGUGUUUACACUCAACUUUCAAGACGCCAAGCAUAGACGUCCCUGAUGCUGAGAAGUUGCAGCAUCUUCACUAUCUAAUAAACUCUCUCCUUCCAUAUCUGAAGCAAAUUCGUGAAGAACAAAUUGAGGAGGUCUUGGUUGAAGCACAUGUGCAAGGGGUCUCAGAGUCAUCAGUUAUAAUAGGCCAGACUAGCUGUCUCAAUGAAGAACGUGUCUAUUGCAACCAUUGUUCAACAUCGAUCAUUGAUCUUCAUCGAAGUUGUCCAAAAUGCUCUUAUGAGCUAUGUCUUAGUUGCUGUCGUGAGAUACGGAAGAAUGGUCUUCGCGGUUUGAAAAAAGUUGAAUUUGGGUACUUUGACAAAGGUUUUGAUUACAUUCAUGGCGGUGACCCCUUACAAGAUUCUUUUCCUUCAAGUAGUCCAACUAGCCACUCUCGUAUUGCAAUUAAAUGGGUAGCUGAAGAUGAUGGGAGCUUGUUUUGUGCUCCACAAGAAAUGGGUGGAUGCGGUGAUCUUCAAACAUUGGAGCUCAAGCGUAUCUUGCAAGAGGGUUGGAUUUCAAAGUUGGAGGAAAAAGCAGUGAAUAUAUUGAAUGCGAUCAAUAUUGAUCAACCAAGUGACAUGAAUAGUUCUUUUACAACCGGUGGCAAGAUGAAUCUUAAAGCAGCCAGAAGAGAAGAUUCAGAUGAUAACUACUUAUACUCUCCUGCUUCGACAGAUAUCCUCGCUGCCAAGGAGCUUAAUCGCUUCCGUCACCAUUGGGCUAAAGGUGAACCAAUAAUUGUUAGAGAGGUUCUAGAGCAGACAUCUGGUUUAAGCUGGGAGCCCAUGGUUAUGUGGCGUGCAUUGUGCGAACAUGUGGAUUCAGUCGUGAGUUUGAAGAUGUCACAAGUGAAGGCAAUAGACUGUUUGGCUGGUUGUGAGGUUGAAAUCAGUACUCGGAAAUUUUUUAAAGGAUACACGGAAGGAAGGCAAUACGUGAAUUCCUGGCCAGAGAUGCUAAAGCUGAAGGAUUGGCCACCAUCUGAUAAGUUUGAAGACCUUUUACCGCGCCAUUGUGAUGAGUUUAUCAGUGCAUUGCCUUUCCAAGCGUAUACUGAUCCAAGAGCAGGUUUUCUCAAUCUUGCUGUCAAGUUACCGCCAGGUGUCCUAAAACCUGAUCUGGGUCCGAAAACAUAUAUUGCAUAUGGACUGGCCGAGGAACUUGGAAGAGGGGACUCUGUAACAAAGCUUCAUUGUGACAUGUCAGAUGCCGUGAAUAUAUUGACACACACUGCUGAUGUAUUAGUGAGUGAUAAUCAGAAGUUAGCAAUUAGAGAGUUAAAGAAAAGACAUAGGGUUCAGGAUGAAAGAGAAAAGAAUGGAGUAAUCACUGGAUGUGUAGAUGGAUUGUUGGUACAGAAAGAUGAACCGAGUGGAGGAGUUUCACCAGAUAAACGUAAUAGUUUUCCUACACAAGACACUGAUGGAACAGGUAGUGCCCUUUGGGACAUUUUCAGAAGAGAAGAUGUACCAAAGCUACAAGAAUAUUUAUUGAAGCACUCCAAAGAGUUUCGACAUACAUAUUGCUGUCCUGUCGAUCAGGUUUAUCACCCAAUUCAUGAUCAAACCUUUUACUUGACGUUGGAACAUAAAAGGAGGCUAAAAGAGGAAUAUGGUAUAGAGCCCUGGACAUUUGAACAAAACCUGGGAGAUGCAGUUUUUAUUCCUGCUGGAUGUCCACACCAAGUGCGCAAUCUUAAGUCAUGCACCAAAGUUGCUGUUGACUUUGUUUCUCCAGAAAACCUAAAAGAAUGCCUCCGACUAACAGAGGAGUUCCGCAAGCUGCCCCUUAAUCACAAAGCCAAAGAAGACAAACUAGAGGUAAAAAAAAUGAUCGUACAUGCUAUGCAUCAGGCCAUUACUGACUUUGAGGAGUUGGCAAGCCAUCAGAAGUUAUAGGGUAAAAAGGUAUUGGUAGUGACAGUGAAUGCCCAACCCAUCCUCCUAUGAACCAUACCUGAGCUAAUUGGUGGUGUGGUGUGGCUGAUUAGAAGAAAUGCAGUGGAUGUUUGAACAACUUUCUUCUGAACACUGUUUUCUAGACUGUCAAAAAAAAAGAAGAAGGCUCAGAAUAUAAAUUAUAUAUAAUACAAAUAAUAAGUUGAAGAAGAUCUUCAGUUUUCAGUUUAA